CAGAAUAUACAUCUCAGAAAUUUCAAGAAAGGGGAUGAACAUUAUUUCCUCAUCUGUAAAACAGGAUCAUAAGUGAUUUGGAAGUAGAAGGCAAUAUUUAGAUUUCCUGCUAGGACCACAAAGGUGGAGAAGAAAGAGGUCUACUCGAUCAUUUCCAAAUCAAGGAAAGAGUGAAGACCGUUGAUGUUAGGACUAGAUGCAGAACUUACGCUUCCACGGAAAACUGCUUUCCAUUACACAUUUUUUGAAGAUGAGGGCUGUUUUUUUGCAGGGUUUUUCAGUCUGCUAAAGGUGCGGUGGAUACACUAGGAUGGACACAGAGGAAUUCCCUCCCCCACCACCAGAAGUUCUAGAGCAUGAACCAAAAGCCACGGGUACAAGCGAUGAAGAGGAGGACGAGGGAGAACAGUUUGACUUUGACAGUGGAGAUGAGAUACCAGAAGCAGAUAGGCAAGCCCUUGUGCCACCUCCUCCUGGUCCUGGAAAUAACAUAGAGCACCAAGAGACGAACACCACAGGGGACGAUAAUUUAGAAAACAACGAGAAGCUACAAACAUCAGAACCUGCUGCAGAAGGCACUCUAGCCAAAGUAAAUCCAUACUCAGUCAUAAGUAUUUCACCAAUCCAAGACAAGGAUCCAUCCUCAUCACCAGAACCAAGUCCUCAAGACGAAUGUGCAAGUCCAAACUUGUCUGGUGGAUAUUCUGUUCCUGUCCCCUGUGGCUAUGCUGUACCAUCUAAUUUACCUUUGAUGCUGCCAGCAUACUCCAGUCCUGUCAUAAUACGCAGUUUUUCUGUAGAUGAAGAAGCAGGUAUGCAGUCAGCAACUGAAGAAUGUCAUUGUAAUUCUGUAAACUCAGAGGAGCCUCAAAAUAGUGAAGAUAACCAGGCCAAGAGAGAGGAUGAUGCUCUGGCCAAGUGGGUUGCAGAUCCUGCAAAUACAGCAUGGAUGGAAAACCCAGAUGAAGUAAUUUACGAUGAUGUGCCAAGAGAAAAUUCUGACUCUGAACCAGAGGAAAUGAUUUAUGAUGAUGUUGAAAAUGGUGAUGAUGGUGGAAACAGCUCGCUGGAAUAUGGGUGGAGUUCAAGUGAGUUUGAAAGCUAUGAAGAACAGAGUGAUUCUGAGUGUAAAAAUGGAAUUCCCAGCUCCUUUUUGCGAGGCAACCACAAGAGACAUCUUUCUCAUGACCUAACGCGUUUAAAGGAGCAUUAUGAAAAAAAGAUGAAAGAUUUGAUGGCAAACACUGUGGGAGCAGUAGAGAUUCAGCAACUAAAGCAAAAACAUGAGCUGAAGAUGCAAAAGCUUAUGAGAGCUGCUAGAGAAGGUACCAAAGAUGGGCUCGAAAAGACAAAAGCAGCUGUGAAAAAGGGUCGUUCUUUCAUUAGAACAAAAUCUUUUAUUUCUCAAGAUCAUAGAUCAUCAUGUCUGGAAGAAGAAGAGCUGAAUUUAUUUAUUGAUGUGGACUGUAUGCAUACAGAAGCAAUUAUGACUCCUAUGCCUGAAGGAUUAUCACAGCAGCAGGUUGUGAGAAGGUAUAUUUUGGGCUCUGUAGUUGACAGUGAGAAGAAUUACGUGGAUGCUCUCAAAAGAAUCCUGGAGCAAUAUGAGAAGCCCCUUUCAGAUAUGGAACCAAAGUUACUGAGUGAAAGAAAACUCAAAAUGGUCUUUUAUCGAAUUAAGGAAAUUCUUCAGUGCCAUUCAAUGUUUCAGAUUGCGCUGGCGAGUCGUGUAUCUGAGUGGGACUCUGUUGAAAUGAUUGGUGAUGUCUUUGUUGCUUCAUUUUCUAAAUCUAUGGUAUUGGAUGCGUACAGCGAAUAUGUAAACAACUUCAGUACAGCAGUAGGGAUUCUCAAGAAAACAUGUGCCACCAAACCUGCCUUUUUAGACUUCUUAAAGCAGUGCCAGGAGUCAAGCCCUGAUCGAAUUACACUGUAUGGUUUAAUGAUGAAACCUAUCCAGCGCUUUCCACAGUUCAUUCUACUAUUGCAGGAUAUGCUGAAGAACACUAAUAAAGGACAUCCUGACAGAUUACCUCUACAGAUGGCUCUUACAGAACUUGAAACACUGGCAGAGAAGUUAAAUGAAAGGAAAAGGGAUGCAGAUCAGCGCUGUGAAAUAAAACAAAUAGCAAAAGCAAUGAACGAACGUUAUCUGAACAAGCUGCUGAGCAGUGGAAACAGGUACCUCGUACGGACUGAUGAUAUGGUUGAGACGGUUUACAAUGACAAAGGAGAAAUUAUCAAAACCAAAGAACGACGACUUUUCAUGUUAAAUGAUGUGCUCAUGUGUGCAACAGUAAAUAUUCGCUCUUCCUAUGAAAGCAGUGGCACUGUGACAACUGGCCAGAGGUAUUUAUUGAAGUGGAGUGUACCGCUGGGACAAGUGGAAGUCAUAGAGUAUGGCAGCAGUGAGGGCCAAGGAGAGAACUGCAGGUUUCCACCCCAGCACUCUGCUGAAAAUGUCAUCAUUAACUCUAAGCCAAACAAGCUCUAUAUGGGACCAGGGCAACUGUACCAUGAUCUGCAGAACCUUUUACAUGACUUGAACGUAGUUGGUCAAAUUAGUCAAUUAAUAGGCAGCCUUAAAGGAAACUAUCAGAACUUAAACCAAUCUGUAGCCCAUGACUGGACCUCAGGUUUACAAAAACUGAUUUUGAAAAAAGAAGAUGAAAUCAGAGCGGCAGAUCGCUGUAGAAUUCAGCUGCAACUCCCAGGAAAACAGGACAAGUCUGGGCGGCCCACUUUCUUUACAGCUGUGUUCAAUACAUUUACCCCUGCCAUCAAACAGUCUUGGAUCAACAAUUUACAAAUGGCUAAACUGGCCCUUGCAGAGGAUAACCUGUUAGGUUGGUUCUGUGUAGAAGAUGAUGGGAAUCAAAUCAAAAAGGAGAAACAUCCUCUCCUUGUUAGACACAUGCCAGUGAUGAUGGCCAAGCAACAGGAGUUUAAGAUUGAAUGUGCUGCUUAUAAUCCUGAACCGUACCUCUCUGGUGAAACAGAGUCAGAUUCCUGUGCCAUGGAACAUGGUUUUCUUUGGAUUGGCAGUUGUACUAAUCAGAUGGGCCAGAUUGCAAUAGUCUCAUUUCAAAGCUCCAGCCCCAAGGUUAUUGAGUGCUUCAAUGUGGAAUCACGGAUUCUCUGCAUGGUCUACAUACCAGAGGAUGAGAAACUGAAAGACCAAAAUAAGGCUCUCGACUCUGAAAAUGUUUUUGCAAAAGCUUCUAAUGUGCCUACUGUUUGCCUUGGCAUGGAAGAAGGAAGCAUUUCUAUUUACAAAAGUUGCCAAGGCUCAAAGAAAAUUCGACUUCAGCGCUUCUUCACUCCUGAAAAAUCGACUGUUAUGAGCUUGACAUAUAUGUCUCAAUACUUGUUUGCUGGCUUGGUAAAUGGAAACAUCUCAAUCUACACAAAAGCAGAAGAUGGGACGUGGAACACGGAACCUCAGAAGAUAGUUAAACUGGGUGUUCUGCCUGUUAGAAGUCUGCUUGUGAUGGAGGAGACCAUUUGGGCUGCAUGUGGUGGACAAAUUUUUAUAAUCAGCACUGUGACACAUUCCAUAGAGAGCCAUUUUGAAGCCCAUCAAGAGGAAGGGAUGGUGAUCUCUCACAUGGCUGUUGCUGGAGUGGGAAUCUGGAUUGCCUUCACAUCUGGAUCUACGCUUCGCCUGUUCCACACCGAGACACUGAAACACCUCCAGGAUAUUAACAUUGCCACACCUGUUCACAAUAUGUUGCCAGGGCAGCAGCGUGUUUCUGUGACCAGCCUCCUGGUGUGCCAUGGUUUAUUGCUGGUUGGAACAAACCUGGGUAUAAUAGUAGCAUUGCCAGUGCCACGCUUGCAGGGGAUUCCCAAAGUAACUGGAAGAGGAAUGGUGUCGUAUCAUGCACACAAUGGCCCCGUCAAGUUUCUUGUAACGGCUGCAUCUAUGAACAAGAAGAACAGAAACAAAUUGAGGAACAGCCUGCCUCCUGGCUCAGAACCUAAAGACGACGACCAAAAGAACGUUCUGCACAAUGAAAGACCAGGCUCUUCCCUUAGUAACACCCAUGACACUGCAAUUUGGCUGGGGGGUUCAGUAGGAUCCAUUGCACAAAAAAGUGACUUGUCGUCAUCUUCUGGAUCCCUUACUUUGUCUCACGGAUCAAGUUCCCUAGAACAUAGGCCAGAGGACAGUAACAUUUAUGAGCUUUUGAAGGAUCAGAAUAUCUCAUUGAAAAGUAAAAGACAGAGAUCCAAGAAAAUGAAAGCAAGUUCAGUAUUAGUCAUUUCUGGUGGCCAAGGACACAGAAGAGUGAACAAGAAGACCAAGCAGCAGCGACAAGAUGAACUAGUGUCUUCAGUGAUGGUCUGGCAAAUCCCACUAUUAAAUAUCUAACUGAACUAAAUCCAAGAUUCUUUCUGCUAUUAAAAAAAGUCUGAUAUCCUUUUACAGCAAAUGCCAGCUUAGGACCCAAAUGGAUAGACUUUAUACACCUGGGAGCAAUUUCAGUAGGCUUUGAUCACAGGAUUAAGGGUUGCAAGACAGUCUUCACAUACGUAGAACGUUCUGCAACGUUAGGGUAUUGGAAAACGUUUAGCUGUUGAUGCUGUCCUUGAUACUUAGAACAAAAAGGAUCUGUUAGACACUUUUAAAUGGUUUUAGAAUCUCUACCUUAUUUAUGUUCACAUUUAUAAAUAUCAUAAUUAUGUUCUAUAGCACUUAGGGAAGUCAAGGAACACAUGCCGUGUCUCAUGCUGGUUUUUGCUUAUGUAAAUCAGCUGUUGUUUCUUUUUCCAAAGUGACAUAUUGCAUGGACUGUAGAUUUCAACAAAUUAGCAAAUAUUUUUAAACAAUAAAUAGUCUAAUGCAAGCUAAUAUUAAUUUAGUAAUUACUAUAAUAGUUUGUACCAUCAUUCACAAGCCAGAGUUUGAUCUGGACAAAAACAGUUAUAUUAAUUGAUUGGUAUUUGUUUAUUUCAACAUAAAAAUAGAUUUUUUUUAAUUAUUAUUAUUUCUAAUGCUCAGUAUUAUUAAAAAUGUUGCAGUACAAAAAGCGCAUUAAUUUUCUUGGUAGGUGCAAUGUGUCUGUGACUCGCCUUCGUUAUACAAGGAGAGUUCUAAGGAUGCUAUGGCUUAGGGCAAAUAGAAAAUACAGAUACAGGACAGCUGUGCAUUGUAGUGCUGCUAAUGCAUUCUCCCCCUGGCAGCUCAGUAUCAAAGCUAGACAUGGACUAUGCCAUUUUUAAGGAGGCAUGCACAUCCAGUAAAUUAGUAAUGAAAUUAAUUAAAUCAUUAAUUGGGGAGAAAUAUACUAAUAUUGGAAUAUCUAUAGGAAGUGCAGGUAAUCACUGUGGUUAUAGGUCCUACAUCAGUUGAUUUGUGCUAUGUCCUCAGGCAAACACCUAUCAAAUAAUGUCACAGCGCAACAGCAACAGCAGAGAGAUGGUCAUAUCUGAGUGGCAGUCACGUCUUUUCACCCAGAGUUUCAGCAAAGCAUGGUCAUGUAAAUGGAUAUUGUGAAAAUAGCGUGCACAGCUUCAUUCACUCAGUUGGGCAAGCGGUUGCUUUGGUAGUGUUAGAGGGCUCAAUUCUAAAGAGAGACCUAAUCGUCAUUUCUUAAUGAAUAGAUGUCUUUCCAAAGGAAACUUUGAAUUUGGGAUUCCUACUGAAAUUGCUUUUUGCGCUAGUCUCUGCACAUGUGAAAUACAAGACAAAGCCUUCAGCUCAGAAAGACAUUGCCAAAAAUGGUGAGGAGACAAAUCCUUCGCUGAAAAUAUGUUUAAUACAGAUAAGAUGUUGAAUGGAGUCACUGGGAACAUCCUUUUCCCUCAUCAACAGACUGAAAAGUACAGAGAAAAUAGGAUGAUUAAGUUUCAGUUGAGUAUGUUAAGAACUCUAAUACUAUCCAUCAGUUCAGUAAAACGCAAAUUAAAUAUAUCCAAAGCAGAACGUUUGUCAGAUGUAUGCAUUGACUAGAAUCCAGUAAAACUUCUGGCUACUUUGGUACCAUUGUUAUCCCAAUAAGGGGGUGGUUUGCCCUGAAAUUAUUUCUGCUACUUCUAAUACAAACUCCUUGACUGCACCAUGUUUUGUUUCAAUCUGCCUAGUUUAAAUCAACAUCAACCAUAAUUACAGUGUUUCCCAGCACAUAGCAUUUCAAGGUAAACAGUACUAGAGACUGAAUUAUUUUGUUCGAUAUAAGAUAGGGGUUUUUUUUCCAAAAUAGCAGUAUGUUUUUUUGAAUGUUGCUGAAAUUUGUUUUCUUUAUUUUGCAGCAGAUUUGUGUAUCUCUUAAAUUUUCAGUCUGUCUGUUCUAAAAAGCAAACCUCUAUCGAGGUGACCCCAAAAUCGGUGGGUGGGCUGACUUACCAAGUUUGACAGAGCACCAGAGUAACAUCAGGUCUUCCCUGCCACCUGCCACCAAGUAUGCGGGACAGAGGGAAUGCCAGUGCAGUCAGUCUUUGCCUGCUAGGUGGCACCAAAAUAGGCAUUUCAAAAAUCAGAUACGCACCCCGAUUUCUUUUCAGAGGCUUUGCCCACAUCCUACAUCCUGAUCGGAACAGGAUUCUUGAGCCAUAAUAGCACGGACUUCAAUGAGUCAUGAAGGACACUUGUUACAGAUGGGAUUGUAGGCUUAGGGUCUUCAUUACUGUUUUGUCCUUUUGUUCUGUGUCUUUCGCUGUGUAUCUUGCAACUUUAGUUGGGUGUUGUCAGCGUUGGCAUGGGCUUAGUCUUGGCGUGAGUCCUGGUGC